AUGUUCAUCAGCAGCUUCAUUUCAACUCAUCUAGAUAUCCUCGCCGGACUGCUCGUCCUAUCUCUUCUGGCUAAGUUAGUCUACAACAGGUACGGCCAUGGCAUCUCCCACAUCCCUGGCCCUUUCUUUGCGUCUCUCAGCGACUUAUGGAGACUGUACGUCGUAUGGGGCCGGCGACCAGACAUAGACCACGUCAAGCUACACGAGCGAUAUGGCAAACUCGUGAGACUCGGUCCCAAAGCGAUAUCCAUAUCCGAUCCCGGCGCCAUCCGUCAGAUCUACGGACUAGCAGCCGGCUUCCAGAAGUCGGAUUUCUACACCGUCCAGCAGACGCUCGCCAGGGGACGACCUUUGUUCACACUCUUCACAUCAACCGACACAAGAUUCCACGCCAAGCUGAGGAGGUCUGUCAGUAGUGCCUACGCCAUGAGCACACUGGUGCAGUUUGAGCCAUACGUGGACUCGACGACGGUCGAGCUUAUUCGACAGAUUGACGAGAGGUUUAAAGACAAGCAGGAGUCUUGUGAUCUUGGCAAGUGGUUGCAGUUUUAUGCUUUUGAUGUCAUCGGUGAACUCACCUAUUCGAAGAGGCUGGGGUUUGUUGACCGUGGUGUUGAUGUUGAGGGGAUCAUUUCUAGCAUUGAGUGGAUGCUUGAUUACGCCAGCGUUGUUGGUCAGAUGCCCAUUAUUGACAGCUUCCUACUCAAGAACCCAAUCCGGCUGUUCCUCUCCCGGCUAGGCCUGAUCGGUUCGACAACCCCUAUGGUGAAAUUCGCCCGCCAGAGAUUCUCUGAACGAGUCGAUCUAGCAACAGGUCAAGAAAAGCCAUCUUCGAGGAUGGACUCCUCAUCAACCAGACGCGACUUUCUCUCUCGGUUUCUUGAAGCACACAAGAAAGAUCCCGAUUUUGUCACUAGUGAACGUGUCCUCGCAUUGACGGUUGCUAAUAUCUUUGCUGGCUCUGAUACGACUGCUAUUUCCUUGCGAUCGGUAUUUUACUUUCUCUUGAAGAGCUCGAAGGAACUUGAGCGGCUCAUGGCAGAACUCGAGGAGCAAAAGAGGACUGGCAAGUUCAAACGGACAGAUGGACUGGUCGACUGGGAAGAAGCGCGUGACCUACCCGUCUUGGGUGCCGUGAUAAAAGAAGCACUGCGAAUUCACCCAGCAGCCGGUCUAACCCUGGAAAGAAUCACACCUCCACAAGGAGUUAGAAUCUCGGACAAGUUUAUCCCCGGAGGCACCAUCAUUGGCUGCAACGCAUGGACGAUCCAUCGCGACGCCUCGAUAUUCGGAUCAGAUCCGGACCGCUUUCGACCUCUCAGAUGGCUCGAGGCGUCCCCGGACCAGCGACGUUUGAUGGAUAAUUGCCUCUUCAGCUUUGGGGCGGGUUCAAGGACUUGUAUCGGCAAGAACAUUAGUUUGUUGGAAAUGUACAAGUUGAUACCCGCUCUGCUGAUGCGGUAUAAGCUGGAGCUCCCAAGAGAAAACUCGGACUGGAAGCUACACAAUGCGUGGUUUGUUAAGCAGAGUAACUUUUACGUGAGGUUUAAGACUCGAGGCUAUAGUGCUUAG